AUGAAUUUGACGGAUCUACCGGUGUUUGGAAUUCGUUUCACUUGGUUCAACUAUAAUGGUAAGAGCAGAAGUAAAUUGGAUAGAAUUUUGGUUGAUGACAGGGUUAUCUCAAUGUUUUCUCUGAAGAAUCAAGUGGUGGGGGAUAGAGACAUAUCAGAUCAUCGACCGGUGUGGUUGAAGUCCAAUCUCGUCAAUUGGGGACCAAAACCAUUUAGGACUUUCAACUGUUGGUUCUAUCACAAGGAUUUCAUCCCUUUCAUUACGAAGUCGUGGAGCUCGUAUCAAGUCACAGGUUCCUAUUGCAGCAUCCUUACUAAGAAAUUUCAAGCUCUUAAAUCUGACCUCAGGAUUUGGAAUCUCAAAGUGUUUGGUUGGCUGGAGGUAAACGUUGAGGAUAAUAUUGCUAAGUUUAACAAGCUGGAGUUGGAAUCAGUCGAGGACUCAAACCCGCAAGCUGCUAAUUUGGACAGAGAGAAACUGCUGUACCAGGAGGAAAUGCAGAAGAAUCUGAGGAUCAAAGAAAGCAUGCUGGCCCAGAAAUCCCGGGUUAGUUGGCUACAAAACGGGAAUCUUAAUACCAAAUUUUUUCAUGACUCCUUUAAAUCUAGGAAUCGGCCGAAUCGACUUUCAGCUGUUAGAGUGGGAGGCAGGAUUAUGGAAGACCCUGAGGAUAUUAAGUUUGAAGCGGUGAAGUUCUUUAAGGGUAAAUAUACGCAAUUAAAUUCGGCUAAGUUCAGAAGUGAUUUCGCUUUGGCUGCUUGUCUUGAUGUGGAGGACAAAUUUUUAUUGGAAGCAGAUUUUAGUCCCACUGAUGUGAGAAAGGCUGUCUUCAAUUAUGAUGGUAACAAGUGCCCUGAUGUCGAUGGCUUUAAUUUUAAAUUCAUAAAAUCUUGCUGGGAUACAGUUGGUCAGGACUUAUCGAAUUGUAUCCUGGAUUUCUUCAAGACAGGAGUUCUCCCUAAGAUGUUUGCGUCCUCUUUCAUUUCGUUGGUGCCGAAGAUUUUCAACCCUCAACAGUUUGAAGAUUUUAGGCCAAUUACUCUGGUUAGCUAUAUCACCAAGGUUAUCUCCAAGAUGCUUGCCUGCAUAUUGAGCAAGGUUAUUCACAAACUUAUUUCUCCUUCUCAAACAGCUUUCAUUCCGGGUCGACAAAUUUACGAUGGGAUUCUGUUGGCCAAUGAAAUAACAGACUAUGCUAAGAGGUUUAACAAGGAAUUACUGUUUUUCAAAGCCGACUUUGCUAAAUCCUAUGACUGUGUCGACUGGUCUUACCUUGAUGAAAUGCUUGUCAAGAUGGUUUUUAGUCCUAACUGGUUAAAAUGGAUUCGAGGAUUUGUGUUCAAUAGCUAUAUUUCGAUUCUUAUUAACGGAAGUCCUUCAAAGGAUUUUAAGGUUGGAAGGGGACUGAAGCAGGGUGACCCUUUGGCUCCGUUUCUGUUCGCCAUAGUAGCAGAGGGUCUGUCUUGUUUAGUCAGAGCCGCGACUGCCGGUAACUUGUUAACAGAAUUCAAGAUCAAUGAUCAAGCUUCUGUGAGCAUGCUUCAGUUUGCCUACAAAACUCUGCUUAUAGGAGAUGGAUCAGUUAUGAAUAUUUGGGCAUUCAAGGCUGUUAUGCGCGUGUUUGAAUUGAUUUUUGGCCUGAAAAUUAAUUUCUCAAAAAAUUGUCUUUAUGGGAUAGGAGUAGACCCUGCUUUUCUUGUUGCAGCUGAAGAAUUUCAGCACUGUAAAUCUGGCAGGCUGCCGUUCAAUUUCCUUGGUCUUCUGGUAGGAGAAAAUCAUCGUCGACACUCUUUCUGGAACCCGGUUCUGUCUCGUAUGAGGAGUAAGCUAUCAAAUUGGGCUGGGAGAAAUUUGUCAAUGGGAGGUAGAGUAUCCCUCAUUAACUCGGUUUUAGCUAACUUGCCUAUUCACUACUUGGCUUUUUUCAAGGCUCCCAAGAAAAUCGUGAACGAUAUUAUCGCAAUUCAACGGUGUUUUCUUUGGGCUGGGAAUUUUAGUAAAAAGUUCAUCUCUUGGAUAUCUUGGAACUCCAUCUACAAGCCGAAGGAACACAGAGGUCUUGGAAUUAAACACGUAGGUCGUUUUAAUUGUGCUCUUAUAGCAAAUGGCUGUGGAGAUCUCAAAGCGGCGGAAAUGAAAUUUGGAGAAAGACGUUCAAUCUCAGAUACGGUAACUUGA